AUGGACAACCAGCAAAUCUCGCAGCCGCAACUUCACAAAUGGUUUAAGGGGCCCCGUGGACGAGAUUUCCCAGCUUCCUUACUACCCGCUACGCGUAACCUCAGUACGUGCCACCUAGCUUUGAAUGGCAGCCUAGUGGUAGCAUUGGUGCGGUUUAAACCCGACUCUCAGCAGCCUGUUAUUAUGCUUCGCCCUGUCAAACGAACGGACGGUAGCCGUCUCAUUUUUCCGUUACAAGACUGCAUCUUGACAUGUGGAGUUGAAGGUGACCCGAGGGAGCCCCAGCUGGAUGAAUGGAUCAAGAAGCAGCGGUCAAAGAAUUCCUUUCUUCAAACACCGGAGAUGAAGAGAGUGGCAGUCUACAUUCUCAAGUUGGAAGAAGAUCCUGUUAAGCUGUGGUCAGAGACUCCUUCCAGGGAUCCCGGCUGGCAAUUCUUGCGUCGGGAAAUGCGGUCCGGUGCAGAAUUCACUAUGUGGAAGUCAUACAAAGACAAAUGGGUGUCUGCUGAACAAGAGGUGAUGGAUUGGAUGCGAACCUUGCAGACACACUUAACCUACUGGUCUCCCAAAAGAAAGGCUUUUUGGUGGUAUCGCCAGCCACAGCCAGAGACUCUCAAAGAGGGCACCGCCGGGCCAUCACCACCAUGGCUGUAUGGCCAGCCGGGCUCAGAAGCAGGUCACUUCAUACAGUUGACACACCGCUCGUAUUUCAUUGACUUGCACGACCACCGGUGCCGGCUGGUUGAGGCCUCGCGGAAGGAGCACGACGUGAUUCGCAGGAAGGUCAACAGCAUUUACAAUACAGACCAACUCCACAACGCGCGAUUCGUCAAAAGUCAGAACUGUGCUUUUUACUACAUGGAACUUAAAGUGUACAACAUGGAUCUACCUGAGACGGAACGGCGCGCCUUAAAGCUUCCGCCAGGUACAAUAGUCAGAUUCGCAGUUGCGGAAGCCGGGUUAAGAGACAUUGACCUUACUUCUCAAGGAGUGGUUGUGGAGCUGGAGACAGAAGCUGACCUGGUAUUAUUCGUCCAAGGUCCUGUUCCAGCGACAAGUGAUCGAGUAUUUGUCGUGACGGCCAUUGAGACGAAUAUACUUCCUAUUGACGAGCAAAUCGAUUACCUCAACAAAGUCAGUGAUGUCUGUGUUUUCGGUGACAGUGAGGAGAACGCCCGUCGUGGCUUCUCUCUCCGAAGGACAGUGCUGGCCCAUGGUGAGGAGCUGAGUCCAGAAAGCCCAUACUACUUCUUACUGGAUGCUACAAACGGGAUGUCCACAGUGCCUCAGCCUGUAUGGGAAGAACGACUUGAAUAUCUGAAAACCCAUUUCAAGCUCGAUUCAGCCCAGGAAGUGGCAUUCAAUGCCUCAGUGAGAGCCAUCAAAUGCGGGCUUAGCUUGUUUCAGGGCUCAGACGGCUCUGGUAGAGAGUUGACGUCUAUCGUGAUCAUCCUCGCGCUCGCCUGUCUGGAUAUUAGUAUCAUGAUUGCAGCAGAUUCGGACAAGGGUAUUGACGAUUUGACAAGUGGUCUUGCGAGAGUCUUAAGGGCCCAUCCUAAGCUACAAGGCUGGGUGGGCAGCCUCUUCCGUCUUCGGUCGCGAGCUCGCCAGAUGUCUCAGAUUCGCACCCAGAGCGCUAUAUCUGAUUCUAGCUCGAGGGAACUCGAAUGUGAUGUCCUGGCUCGACACGAGAUGCACAACUGUGCUAUGGACUAUGCCAAGGACAACCGCGAGAAUGGAGACUGCAAGACAUUUCUGGAUCUGGUCGAAGCUGAUCGCCGUCAGCCUCUCCAUGACGCCGACUACAAGAAGCUCGAGCUGUCAUAUCAGAAUAUCUGCGCGAUCUUGCUCCGACAAGCUAAGAUCGUCUCCACGACUCUCGGAAAUGCAUCCAGUCCUCUCUUCCGCGAUGAGUUCAAGCCGGGAGCUCUACUCUGCAUUGAUGCCAACCACUGUACUGAAGGCCAGCUGUCAAUCGCACUUACUAUACAGUCAUUACGCGUGGUAAUACUGGUUGGAGACACCAAACGACCACGGCCAGCCGUUGCAUCAUUAUCACCACAAUAUGAGAACGAAGGCGCCCACUACUUGGGACAUCCUCUGCUAACGCGGCUGCAGACUCGGUACCCGUGUAUGACUUUGGCGCUUGAGAAGAAGAGAGACCAUACAGAUAUCGCAAACCUGAAUCCCAGCAAGCGACUGCGCGCAGCUCCGGUGCGACAUGCACUGCCUCUUCGGCCGCCUGUACCGGUUGCUCCUGGAACUAAAUCGACACUGGCCCCAUUGGCUGGUACAGGCAGCGCCGGGGAGAAGACACCCGUUAAGCAGAAGCAGGAUGUUGCGAACAAGCCGAUAACUUCUCAAGGAAUGCCGGAAGAUCAGCCAUUGCCUCCACCACCGCAUGCACCGGUUACGCCUACGACCGGGGCGCCACUGGCCCCCUGGCCCGCAACGAGCAGCGCCGAGGAGAAGACGCCGACUGAACGCAAGGGAGACAUUACGAACAAGACGGUGGCUUCGCAAGGGACACUGACAGAGACAUCAAGCACUACCGAGCGAGCUGCAAACCCUGGUGCCCUUCCAGACAGUGCCCGCUUGCUCCGCAUCAAAAAGGCCGUGUUGAGGUUUCAGAAGACGCGUCGACGGCGAGUCGAAGAUGAGCUCACGACGGGCUUUGGUUGCGGGACUAAUGAGCCCCUGACACAAGAAGACCGUGUGGCCAAGGAGAGGGAGUAUAACUCCUUGAAGCUUGCGGAGGACGAGACGACAGCUGAAAUUGAGUUGUAUGAAGAACUUCUAAAAGAGGACUAG